CCGCAACCCGAUUGAUUGACUAUGCCUCUACUGGGCCAGCCCAAACCCGUCUGAUGAACAAUAUACCAAAACAACCAACAAAAUCAGCGCAAAGCCCUAGCGUGGAGAGAGAGAAUUGAAGAAUCCUGAAGAAGAAAUGAACACGAUAGCAAGGCAAGUAUGUGCAAUCUUCAAGGUAACGAAUUUCAACGACUCACUGAGUCAGGAACUUUAUCAGAUUCAACAAUGGCGGGGGAUCAGAGUGAAGGUAUUUGAUGGAAAUUUGGAGAGAGCAUUGACGGUGAUGCAGAGAAAGAUGCAAUCUAGUGGAAUCGAACGGCUAAUAAAGCGCGAGCAGAUUCACCAUAUCAAGAAUUCAGAGAAGCGUGUUUUGGCACGCAAAAGGUUACAGCAUAAGAUUCAAUCUCAAGAAUUGGCACGUAAGCUUAAGUCAAUCCUAAUCAAGAAAGUCAGAGGUCUAUGAGGGCAGCAUUGGAGUACCUCUCUUGAUGCGAAAUGGACCAUAUAAGUUGACAAACUUGCAUUGUUCUUUAGUUUCUUGUAGAAUUCAGUGGUUACUUUCACAUCUUUACUCGGCAGCUUACAUUGCUCUGUCAUCAACAUGUAGUUGAGUUCGUUUGUGGUGAAUUUUUCUACAAAGUUGAUAUCUUUUGAGACUUCAUGUAUUGAAUUGUAAUUCAGUAGAUUGUGAAUUUUGUAUUGUGGCUGCAAGAUGAAGUCAGUAUGGUGAAUUGAGUUCGGAUGUGGUAAACUAUUCGGAAGUAACCUUUGGAGACUUUUUACAGCUUGUUUUCUUUUUGAUUAGGAAGUGCAUUUUCUUUGGAAUUCGAGCUUAUGAUUACUCUUCUUCUUUCAAUUUGUAGAAAUGGAUAAUUGCCUUUUCUUGA